GAUUUUCCAUGGAGAAUGGAAGAUUUUUUUAUAACUUAAUACAUGAGAAAUGAAGAAAUCGGAGUACCACCCUCCGGGUAAAACUUUAAAAGAAUGGGCGCCCUUAACAGAACUCUUUAAUUUAUUGCCGACAAAAACAAAUGGGAUUUUUUCUAAGGAUAUAACUCUGACAAGUAUUGAUGUUCUUCCAGAAUUUUUAGCAUUGGGAACAAAUGUUGGAAUCGUUUACUGGUUUGAUAGGAACUUAAAAAAGCUACAGAAAUUAUACUGCGAGGAUUUGAAUCCCUGUAUAACGUGUGUUAAAAUUAUAUCAACUGUGGAUUAUAUGGUGGCGUGUGGCAACGAAUCAGGUGCCGUAACUAUAUUUCAAGUACCCCAAUCUCACCCGAAGUCAUUGCCCGAGAGUUUAAAACCUAAGGACAAACAAAUUGAAAGGUACACAGUGUGUGAUCUACAUAAAUCUCGACUAACAGCCCUUGAAUGGUCGAAAAACGGAAUGAAAUUGUUUUCGGGCGACGACAACGGCCUUAUCGUAUUGACCGAAAUCGAUUUUUACAUGCAUGUUUGCAAGUCGAGUGAAAUUCUGAAUGAGACAUAUAAAAUUGUGCAGUUGAGUUACUGCCAGCAGAGAUUGUUAAUAUCAACAACAUUCCGUAGCAUACUGUGCCAUAAAUCAGACAAAUGGGUUGUGACACAAGUUGGUAAAAGAGAUAGGAAAACGUUAGGUGAGUUUGGUGGUGUGAUGCAUCGUUAUGGGUACAAGCCCACAGAUAUUAAUGUGUAUUGCAUCAGGCCUGGUUUGCGAGUAUGGGUAUCUGACUUCGACGGCAACGUUCAGAAAACCUUGCUCUUCAAGGACCCACUCACGAAAGAGUGGCCGACGGUCGAGUUACUCAAUCCGUCGAGAUCGAAGCCACAUAUCGAACCUUCCUUUGGCAAAGUCGCCGUGUUUUGCGGUAGAUUUUUGGUCACGUAUGGCGCCGACGUCAUUUAUAUUUUGGAUCCCGAGAAAAUGACGUUAAUCUCUACCGUGAGUCGGUUAAGGGGGGCGCUGGACGUGGCCGUAAGUGAAGACGAGAUCUUUAUCCUCGAAGGCGACCGCAGUCUGAUCAGAGUUUCGUUCCGACCAGAUGGCGGCGCAGAUGAGCGCACGUUUGGCGCCCCUCAGUCGAAAGAGGUGAUUAGAGCAGAGGAGGCGGUCGAAAGCCAAAGCGUAUCCAAUAAAUUCGACGGUAUCGGAAGCAAAGAAUUCGAGGACGCGAUUCGAUUUAAACGCGUUAAAAAAGUCAAAGCGGUAACAAAAGAUGUAAUGAGUGAUAGCGCGACGAGCUUAAGCUCAGACGAAAGGGAUGCAAGCUAUGUGACGCCCACUAUUAUGAAUUUGAGUACAGUUGGCGUGUUGCCCGAUCUGAGAAGCCCCGAGUCGAUCAUCAAUGAUAUUGAAUACAAGGAGAAAAUCCUGUCGGAUAUUUUAAAUUUGGAUAAGAUCAGUCUGCCGACCAAUCCACCCGAGAGAAAGGAUGAAGUGUCAGAGGCGUCUAACGUUUUAGAAACCAAAACUCCAGAGGUGACACGAAGCGUCGGUAAAACGCGAGUCGCCAAUACAAACUACUUUACUAGUACUGAGGAUGGUUUAACGGGCGGUACAGAUGGCCAAAAUGGGCUUGAACAACAGCGCCUUAAUGCACCAGUUGUUAACAUACCCUUCGAAUGGAAUUUACAAAAUCUGCGAUUGAUUCAGUCAGACGACGCGAAAACCAGAAAAGCUUCCUCGGGUAGUGGGGACACUUUAAGCGACUGGGAAAUUGUCUAAUAAUCGAAUAAGGAACUAGUCAUUACAGUGUCGAUUCUGACGCUUGUCACUGUGUUUUUCGUUUUCGUUCAAUCUCCUUUAUAAAUUUGAUUUUAUUUGAAUCGGUGUUUUCUUUCGCCACCCCCUCUCUG